AGAGCGGAAAUGAUAUCCGUUCUGUUAACACGCUUAUGUUUGAGGACAAUAAUGACUGAAAAACUACCCUAAACAGGAUUAAUUGUAUAUAUUUCGAAUUGUCCAUUGGAAUGGAGGUUCCAUUUUCCAUAUGGAUUACUUAGGGUCUGUUAUUGUGUGUAUUUAUUUCAUUUCGGAUUAGAUUUUAUUCACUUUCACUAUCGAUUCGCCUUGUUGUGAUCGGAGGUGCUUUAUUUUCAAUAUUCAAAUACAGGAAUAUUAUAUGUAACAAAAGGAAUAUGUCCACAAUGAGUCAACAGCAAAUGGAGGGAGGGAUGGAUAAAGAUUGUAGUGCUCUAGGAAUGUUGUUUCAGACAAUUAUAAAUGAUAUGAGGGGUAGUUCAGUUAUAUGGGAAGAUUUUACAAGUAAAGCUGCAAAACUUCAUUCCUCUCUUAAAGCUACACUUGGAGCAAUAGGAGGAUUUUUAGAUGCCUUCCAGAAAGUGGCUGACAUGGCCACUGGCUCUAGAGGAGCCACAAAAGAGAUUGGAACAGCCCUUACAAGGUUAUGUAUGAGGCAUAAAAGUAUCGAGACUAAAUUAAAGACAUUAACAAGUACUAUUAUAGAUAAUCUAGUUACACCACUUCAAGAAAAGAGUGAAGAUUGGAAGAAAACAGUUGCUCAGUUGGACAAAGAACAUGCCAAAGAAUACAAGAAAGCGCGUCAAGAAAUCAAGAAAUGUGCUACAGACACCAUGAGAUUACAGAAGAAAGUCAAGAAAGGGAAAUCAGACAUCCAAACUAAAUUAGAUCAUGCUAUGAAAGAUGUAACAGAUAAAUACAUGAUGUUAGAGGAAGCAGAAAAGUCAGCUGUAAGGACAGCACUGAUUGAAGAGAGAUCUAGAUUCUGUUUGUUUAUCAGUUGUCUUAGACCUUUUGUUGAGCAUGAGCUUAGCUUACUAACAGAAAUCACACAUUUACAAGAUAUUACACACAGUUUGUGUUUAAUGGCUGGUGAACCUAAUACGCUACCAUCUUCCAGUGAACAGAUUAUUAUGGACAUAAAAGGCUCAGAUAGUACCAGUUUCUUUAACAACCUAAGUGGGCCAAGCCCUCCAAGUUCACCGAGUUCCAUCGGUUCAAGAAAGUCCAGUAUGUGCAGCAUCAGUAGUAUAAAUAGUUCAUCUAGUGGUUCAGUACAGUCGCACUCACCAAGUCAUCAUACCAGGAACCGUAACUCAUUACAGCAAUUUCCCAUGGGUACAAUACGCUUACAAAGCGUUUCAUCACAGGACUCGGGAUUCACUUCUCAAGAUACAUUGUUUCAGCGACCAGUCACCCCAUCGUCACUUAAUAUUAGACAGAAGGAUGGUGACAGUGCUAGUAUAGGUGGCCAUUCUGAUACUGCGGAUUCUUCAUCAUCAACGCCAUCUGAUAAUACACCAUCUGCUAGUUCUACAUGGACAAACUGGCCAAAUCAACCAAUUACCACAAAGGCUGACACCAACAUCAGACCACACACAAUAUCCUCUGCAUAUGAGAAAAAUCAUAACAGACCUGCUUUGUCUGCACAGUUGUUUGAACCUCCGCCACAGGAGAGUGCUGAAGACGAGGAAGUUCAAAUGAGACAUCCACAUAAGAAGAAGACCUAUAGUAUAGCAGAUACACCAUAUACACGUCCCCCUUCAGCUUCAAUUAACAAAAUGCAACCCGUACUUCCUCCGCUGGCACCAAAACCAAAAGUUAAAGCAGUAGCACCUCCAAAAAUCCCAUUAUCAGAUGCUGAGCAGCCAGCUUAUGUGAAUCUGACCGAUCUUGCCAACAUGGAGAAGGAUCGCCAAAGAGAACAGAGUACAGACAGUGACAGAACACCAACAGAUAAAAGUCCUCCUGACACAGCUCCAAUACAGUCCGGGUUACCCAUGGACCUGGAGGAAGCUAUCAAAGAUCUUGAUACAUGUACUGCCGCAUUACAUACAGAAUUUGAAACUGUUGAAUUGAGGAAAGGGAUGAAGAGAAAGCAGAAUUCAAUGGAGCUGGCUAAAGCUAUCCAGGAACUAGAAGCUAGUACUGCAGCGUUACAGUGUAAUUAUGAGACAUCCAGUAAUGCCAGUCAACACUCACUACAGUGCUCCAGUGGAUAUGGUACCAUGAACAGUACUCCAUCAAGUUCCGAAGAUACUAUUGCUACUGGGGACUUUGUUCUCAGUAGAGCUAAGGCAGAGCAAGAAAAAUAUUAUACAAUUCCUAGAAAUUCAGAAAUAGGAAAUGUUUAUAAAGCUGUAUUACAAUCCAAACGACCCGCAUCUACAGCAGGUAUUCCUGUGUCUGGUGUGGGUUUGGGGAGAAGAAGUUCAAUGAAUCAACAGCAGAGUAAACCACCACCUCCUGUUAGAAGAUCCUCAUCAAUCACUACUGCAAAUCCUGCAGUACUGCAGAAACUCCGUAAAACACCACCUCGUGAACAACCACCAAUUCCUCAGUCUUCAAGUAGACCUGGUUCACAUCGUAGAAGUGGCAGUUCUGGAAGUCAAUCAGAACCUGCUUAUGCUGAACUGCAAGAGAUUCAGCAGAGCAUCCAAGCACGACAAAGUCGUCAUGAACAUCAAGAAACUAUUUAUGCGUCUACAACUGCUGCUCAAAAUCCCUACAAUCAACACAAUUCUUCACAAUAUGUGCCUAAUUCACAACCAAUAUAUGGACAUGCCGUGCCUCCAGAUGCUCGUGCCAUGAUGCCACCACCGAGUGGACCACAGUAUUCUCAGACUGGUGUGCCACAUUAUCACCAAAAUCUUCCUGCAGGUCAGGUCGAUAUGGUUAAGAAACUGAAUGCACGUUUUGCUGCUAUGAAUGCUUCAUUACAAGAAGAGGAACUACCACCUCCCCCUCCUGACAUUAUGCAUGAUCCAGAUUUGCCUCCACCCCCAUCAGCAGAGGAACUUCAGGAAAUUGGAUGCACAUUUAGUCAAGCCCCACCCCCUGUAUAUUCUAAACCCCAAACAAACAAUAGCAGUGACAGUAUUCGUGCUUCUCUUGUGUCUGAACUCAAAUCAGGACCACGAUUAAAACGUGUCAAUUCUAAAGAUGAGGGUUCAGAAUGCUAGUAUCCAGAGAAUCUUAGAAGUAGAUUUGUGUUUUGUUGGGUUUUUUAAUGUGUGACAGUAGCAGUUUAAAACUAUGUAUGAAAGGCUGUGUUUUAUUGAUAUAUAAUUGGCUUGCUUGUAUAAACAGUUGCACCAUUUGAUAUUAUUGAACGCUUGUUUUAAUGAUGAUAAAUCCAGUUUUAACAUUAUGCUAUCUUCCUAAUAAAUGCUAUCAGUAUUUCUCAUACCUCAGGAUAAGUUAUUAUUUAGGUUUCAACAGCACCAAUCAUUUCUGUAAAUUGUUUUAUGUUUUUGCUUGUUUAUUUAGGAUACUUUUCAAUAUUUUAGAGCAACCUUAACAUUUUUUUACCACUACAUUUUAUAAUGUUUUUUUUUUUUAUUUUAGUUUUAUCAAGUGUCUGAUAACAUUUGGGAAAUUUUUUUUAAAAUGAAUUUUCCAAAGUUUUUAACAUUCAAUUGCAAAAUGGAGUAGAUGAGACAGGGGCCUUACUUUGCUUGUCAUUUAGAGUUUACAUAUAUAUCAGACAUGUGCAAAGUGUCAACUUUAUGAGUGCUUAUUAAACAAGUGGAAAGUAUGAAUGUUAUGAAUUUUCACUACAAUUUUAAGUAUGUACAAAGAGACAUACUUAAUAUAUGUUUUAACUGUCAUUGCUUAGUUAUGAAAUUAAUAUUCAUAAUUCAGAUAUUUUUAAGGCAUACAAGAACCACACGCAUACAUAUAUAUAUAUAUAUAUAUAGAUACAUAUAUAUAUACGAGGGAUGUUAUUCAUUUAGACAGAUGCAGUGGUAAAUAAUCUAGUUCUUGCAUGUGCUCUAUAUUUGUUAAAAAAUUCAUAUUUAAGCAACAUAAAAAAAAUUUUUUUAAUGUCACAUAUAGGACGUCUAUAUGUCCACAUUUUGCAACGGGUAUCAUGCAGGUUUAAUACAGGAAUGAAAGCUUAUCUUGAAUAAAUAAUAAAAAUCAGAGUUAGGCAAAAUAAUGCUCUGGUUACAUCUACUCCUUUUGUGCCUGUGGGAUAAAAUAUAUACUCAUUUACAUUUCUUUAAAUGUAUUUAAAUUUGUAAUUGGAUCAUCAAUGAGAAAAUUUAUACAGAAUUUUCUUCAAGGAUGAAAUAUUUAUUGGAAAAGCAGUGUAUUUGUUGAGUGUAUUUUUGUGAGUGAUUGAGAUGUUUAUUGUUUUAUGUUUCUACUUUAGUGCAAUGUGCCAAGACAGUUAAUUUUAUUGAACCCUGUUUGUAAUAUAGCUCAUUUCAUUCUCAUUUUUAAUAACAAUUAUUUUAUUUUGUCAUGAAGAAAAUGAUAUUUAGUUAUUUUGAUUUGCCUCAUAAAUGGUUUGAACUUAAUGUUUUAAAAUAUUCAGAAAUAAUCUUAAAAUUGCAACUUUUUCAGAGUUAGCAUAUGAAUCUAUUUUAUUUGAAAGAAAAAAGUCAUAUGUUUUAAAAGUGUAGAUAUCAGUUUUGAUUAAUAUUAAAAGCUGUCUCUCUGAUUUUACCCCAUAUCUCUUUUUAUCCAGCUUGAACAAAUAUUUGACUAUUUAAUUGGAUGCAAGUCACCCUAUAAGGGAUUGUAUGAAUAUUCCUCUACUCCCCAGAUGCAAAUUCCUCAUGGAUAUUUUUUAUUCACAUGUACCCCAGUAUAUUCCAGUUUACAUAACAUAUUAUUCUUGUGAAGAUCAUUUUGAAAAUUAUAUAUAAAUAUACCAAAUAACUAAAUGAUUUGGAAAAUACGUUAAAGGUAUAAAAAGUAAUUAGAUUUCAGAAUGCAAUUAGGUUCUAUCCGGUCACUCUGGUUCAAAACCUUGGUUCCAUCCUGGUCUUUUGGUUCCAAAUCUUGUUUCUAUCUGGGUUCUUUGGUUCAAAACCAUGGUAACUGGAAGAUCAUUUUGAAAAUAAGUGAAUAAAGAUAAAGAAUAUUUUACACAGAAUAGUAAAACAUUUGUGUUCAUGCCCUUUGUGGGGUUUAGAUUAUGUUCAUAAUUGCUUGAUUACAUGUUGUUUAUGUUGCUUCAUAAGUUAACAGCUGCUAAAGGCUUACAUAUUCCUAUGGACGACUGACUACUUCAUCCACUAAGAUAUGAAUGAUUACUAUUGUAAACUUAAUGAUAGCACUCUAUUGAGCAGAAAAAACAAAAAAUGGUUGAAGUCAAAAAUGUGUAAAGAUAUUUGGUGCUAGUCUAGCAUCCGGAAUUAUUGAUGUUAGACAGGACCAUAUUACAUAAUAGUGAUGAUUUGAGGAUAUUUCCAGACAUAAUUAAGAUUUUAUACAAAUGUAACCUUGCUUAGGAAGUGAAUUAUAAUUCAUUUGAUGUCUUUAAAAUGACCAGAUAGUGUGCAAACUAUGUUUAUGGAUCAUGCAUAAGCUAUGUUAUAUUGAUAUUUUUGUAAUAUUUUAUUGACUUUAGAACCUCCUUAAAAUUUGCCUAUAAAUAACGUAAUCUCACAAACUGUUAUGCAUAUGAUCUGUACAUUGUAACACAGAAUUUUAAUACUCGUGAGGAAAAUGACUUCCACAAUAUAUAUCAGGACAUUUACUAUUCCAGAUAUUUUGUUAUAGUCAGCUUAUUAUAAUGCUUUUGUAUUUUAUCUAACAAUGUACAAUAAAGCCAAGAUAAUUAGUAUUGGUAACAUAUUCAGAUAAAAAAGGAGUAUGCAUUUCUUAUAAUAUACAAGCAUGCUCAUAAUGUUCCUCCUUGAUAAAGAAGAACAUUAAGCCAACCAUAUAAAUAGUAAGUUUUAUUCACAUUGGAAAAAGUCUAUACUUUGUCCUUUAAAAUGGGAUGUCUUAAUCAAAGGAGUAGGUCCGGUAAGGGCUGAUUUUGGCCUCAAAAUUCAUGUUCAUCUGAUAAAAGAUUUUGGACACUUUUUAAACACUAAAGUGUCUACUUCAGUCGAUUAAAUUAGUUUAUGUGAAAGAUUUGAACUGAUUUAGUCAUUAAAGAUGCUCAAAUUCAAGCUUAAAUAUGAAAAAUCUAUCAAAUAUGCCAUAAUAUGUCACUUUUCAGAUGGUUUUUGUCAAAAAUGAAAGUGGCCGCAUCCGUGUUCAUUCUCAACCUUUAUAUAUGUUAUGUAUUAUCAACAAAUACAACUUACAUUUAAAUAUCAAGAAUGAACACAAAUGCGGCCACUUCCAUUUCAGACGGAAACCGUCUAAAAAUUAACCUAAAUGCUAAAAUUACGAUUAUUUCAGUAAUUUAGCAUGACUUAAUGAUGCUAGUACCCGAUACAUGUGCAUUGUAUUGUCAAAAACAGCCCAUAUUUAUGUAACAGAAGUAUUCUUCUUUCCAAUAAAUAGCUAAAAAUUUACAUUUUAACAAUUUUGUAAAACUGCUAUAUUUUGGGGCCAAAAAGGGGUCUUACUGGGCCUGCUCCUUUGUAAAAUGUCUGAAUCAGAACAUAACCUGUUGCUUAUCAGCAAAAUAAAAGAAAAAAGUAUAAAAAAUCUUUUACAUCACAAUUUUGUAGUGCUAUCCCAAUAGGCUGUUUUGUCUUUUAGUUUCAGUUUUAUUCUAUAAACUAGAUAUUAUUUUUUAAAACAUUGAUUCUACCUUUAUUAAAUUUUGCCUUUUACUUAUAAACAAGUUCUGCAAUGAUGUACAAUUGGGAUAUCAAAGCUGAUACAGGUAUGUUUUUUCUGGGAGAGUUCAUUAGGCAAAUUCUUUAUCUGGGCUUUAUUGUACAUUGUACAGUUUUCAUUCCAAGCAAAGAAGUUCGACUCAAUACAUUGUUUUAUUUGCAAGUUUUAUUUGCAGAAAUGUAAUUUGCUGUUAAACCUGUUUUUCAUGUGUCAUUGCUGAUUAUUUGAUUGAUUGAAAGAAGUUCAAAGUCAGAUCAGCAAAUUGGCCUAUAAGACAGAUGUUAUCUAAUCACCAUUUGAAUUAUUGUAACAAGUAUAUCAUAUACGGCAAAAAAAUUGUAUGUCAGAACCACUCUAAUUUACAUAACAAGAGUGAAAUAGAAUCUACCAUUAAAUUUAUAAAUUUGGUCUUUAACAUAAGUUGCUGUAGAUAAUUGCCAAACAUUUUCAUUAAAACUUUUUUCUCAUCAUUUUAAAGUUGAAACGUGCUUACAAUUGUUGUUUACUAAGUAUGACACCGAGAAAAAUUUGCGAGUUAUCGUUAGUUUCGUAUUAAUUCAAUUACCAUAAAAAAUAUUACAUUUUUAAACAAAACACAAAGUAAGGGUUAGAGAACUUUAUCUUAGGAGAAACUAAGAAAACUGGUAAUCUUCCUACAGUUUAUAAAAUUUAUUAAAUCCGUUUUGAGUUUUCAGUUGUGCAAAAUUCACACAUUAAAGAUGUUAAAAUCAAACGUGUUUGCUGAUUUUUUUUUUUUUGAAAUGCAUAACUAAAAUCAAUCAAAAUUUUAAAUUUGACUUUGUUAAGAAAGCCAGAAAGAUUAUUAUAAUCCAUUAUGUAUAUCAUUCAACCACACUAAGUUAACGGUUUCAUUAUUUGAUAUUACUCUCGUUCUAUACAUUUACAAAAACACUUUGCCACCUUUCAUAAAGGAUAAAAUUUUGAGUUUAAGUUUUGAUUUGUCAUUGUGUAUUUCCAUUGCAACUAAAACGAUCUUAACUUAUCAUUUGUUUUCCACAUGACUGAGCAGAAAACAAAGUAGACUUUGGAAUCCAUUAGCAGUGUGUUAGUUCAUGUAUUUAUUUGUUGUCACACAGUAAUCUAUGUAACAAUAUCUUCACAAACUGCUGUGUGAAUAAAAAUAGAUAUGGCAA